AUGACAUUUCUCUCGGAAUUUGAGUUUAAUUGUUCGGACAACGUCUCAUUCCGUCAGGGACCUAAAUCUGCUAUCUACAGCGACGCUAAUGGUCUGAAUUGGUUACACAGAUGCAUGUCUCAUUGUUAUUCUAUAAAUUCACUUUUCUCUGACUGUCACUCUCUUUACACUUCUUUUCUCUCUUUUUUUUCAUUCUUUCUUUCUCAUAGCGUACAUAUAUCUAUCUACUUAUCUAUCAAAAACUGCUCAUAUACUGAUCUUAAGCAUGAUAUCUAUCUAUCUAUCUAUCAUUUACUCUUCGCUUCUUUCCUUCAUUUUCCAACCAUCUAUCUCAAACUCUUUCUUUCCUUCCUUCCUUCCUUCCUUCCUUCCUAUCUAUCUAUCUAUCUAUCUAUCUAUCUAUCUAUCUAUCUAUAUUUAACAGUUUGUUCCUAUCUAUCUAUCUAUCUAUCUAUCUAUCUCAAACUCUUCCUUUUCUUCCUUCAUUUUCUAUUUAUCUCUCUCUCUCUCAGACUCUUCCCUUCCUUUCUUCAUUUUCUAUCUAUCUAUCUAUCUAUCUAUCUAUCUAUCUAUCUAUCCUUACUUCCUUUCCAUCUAUCUAUCAAUAUAUCUGUCUCUCUAUCUAUUUAUCUAACUCAGACCCUUUCAUUUCUUUUUUUCUUUCUUUCUAUCUAUCUAUCUAUCUAUCUAUCUAUCUAUCUAUCUAUCUAUCUAUCUUCAGACUAUUUCCUACGUUCGAUGCUUUCAUACACACGUCACUCUCUCACUCUCUCUCUCUCUCUCUCUAUCUCUCUUUCUCAAUUAAUUUAUACGCAUAUGUUUUCUUUUACCUGUAGCGCUAUUCCGUUCUUCCUUCUUUCUUUCUCUCUGUCUAUCUUUUUUUUCUUUCUUCACAAAUUUGCGUUACCUCUUUUUCGCUCUCAUUCCUUGUCUUUCUUUCUUUCUUUCUUUCUUUCUUUCUUUCUUUCUUUCUUUCUUUCUUUCUUUAAAUACUCAUUCCUAUCUUACCUGCUUUCUCUGAAUUUGUUCCCAUUCAUUUCUGUCACUUUCUUCUUUCCCAUUCAUUCAUUAUACAUAUUCCGAUUUCUUUCAUUCAUUCUUCACACAUUUUUUUACACUCUCUCAUUUGUUCUCAUUUCUCUUUCUUUCUUUCUUUGUUUUUCUUUAUUUCGCCACUCAUUCUCUCUAUUUUUCUCUCGUUUAUUCACUUUCUGUCUGUUUCUUUCUUUUUUUAAGUCAAACAUUACUUCCUUCCUUCCUCUGUUCAUUUUAUAUCAAACCGCUUUAAUUCUCUCUCUCUCUCUCUCUCUCUCUCUCUCUCUCUCUCUCUCUCUCUUCACCACUGUUUAUUUUCAUUCUUAUUUUUUCUUUCUUUCUUUAUUUCUUUCUUUCUUUCUUCACUUAUUUAAUCUUUCUCAUCUUCCGCUUAAGUUUUUAAUCUCAUUUUUUCCUUCAUUUUUUUCAUCCUCCAAAAACAUUUUACUUACUCUCAUGUCUGUCAUCAUUCAUUCUCACUCCGAUUUUUUCUUCUACACUCAUUCUCCCCCCCUCUCUCUCUCUCUCUCUCCGUCACUCUUUCACUCUCCCUUUCUCUUUCUCUCACCCCCUCUCUCUCUCUCACCCUCUCUCUCGCUCUCUGAAACUGUUUCUUCCCGUUCUUAUUUUCUUUCUGUCUCUAUUUAUUUAUUCCUUCAUCCAUUUCAACUCUUUCUGUCUUCCUCUCUAGAUUUUAAUCUCAUUCUUUUUCAUUCAUUUUUUAAUUCUCCUCUCACAUUUUUGUUACUCUCUUUUCUCUCAUCAUUCAUUCCCACUCCGCUUUAUUUACUUAUUCGGUCAUUUCUUUCUUUCCUUUUAUUCAUUCAUUCUUUCUGUUUCCUUCUCUCGUUUUUUAUCCUCAUUCUCUCCCUAAUUUCUUCCUUCCUUCAUUCUUCGCGUACUCAGUUAACUGCUGCAAGCGCAAUUGAGGUGGCAGACGUCCCACCAAACAAUCAGAUUAACGUAAGCUACAUCGACAACAACAGUCACAAUAACGAAUGA